AAAAGCCCCAAUUUCUCUAUCUCAAGAAAACCCUGUUUCAUUGUUUUAAUUCCGGCCCUGAUGUGCAAAUCAAGGAAAAGCAUAGAUGUAGCCCAGCCGCGCCUAUCAAGACAACCUCAAUCAAGACAAUCUCAACGGACAUCCAAAUCCUUCGAAUCAUCUUUGCCAGUGGACCCAUCUUCUGGCGAUAAUUUCAUCAACUCGUCCAGCAAUAUCCAUAGCCAUCAAUCUUCCUCCUAUUCUAAAUCCUCUAUCUCGAGCAGAAGCUCCCUCUCCAGCCUCAGAGACUCCCUCCCGGAAAACCCUCACAUCUAUGGAUUCCCUGAUGUCUGCGUCGCCACCAACAACUUCCACGCCAAGCCGUUUUCAUCCUCUUCGUCGUCCUCCUCCUGGCACUGCACGCUCCAGGGCAAGGACGUGAUCAUUUUCCAACGGAAACUGCGGCGGUCGAUGGAGUUAGCGGAUCUGUGUCGCAAAUUGUCUGUAAUUUGCAGGAGUCAUCAUAGCAGCUUGAUCAAGCUUCUGGGUGCUUCAAUGUCUGGGAAUUACAUUUAUCUCGUCUAUGAUUUUACCGAGGGAGCUAAUUUAGCAAAUUGUCUGAGAAACCCUAAAAACCCCAGCUUUACUGUUCUUUCUAAAUGGGUCUCUCGAAUGCAAAUCGCAGCAGACCUCGCGCACGGCCUCGAUUACAUCCACCAUUGCUCCGGUCUAGAGACGGGCUUUACCCACAACCAUAUCAAGAGCACAAGCAUCAUAAUCGCCGAGGAUUCUUUCAAUGCCAAAAUUUGUCAUUUUGGCACGGCGGAGCUCUGUGGGGAAGUGACGGAAACCAGCAAAACCGAUUCCAAUUCAAAAUCCCUUGUGAGGACGGGCAGCAAAGUGAUGAGGAUUGAAGGAACGAGAGGGUAUAUGGCACCGGAGCUUCAGUUCAGCGGCAUGGUGACGCAGAAGUGCGACGUGUACGCGUUCGGCGUGGUGUUGCUGGAGUUGUUGAGCGGACAGGAAUCCUUGAGAUACGUGGUUGACGAAGAGAGCGGCGGGUAUAGCAGGGUGAGUGUUAUAGACUCGGCGAAGGUGGCAGUGGCGGAUGGAGUUGGAGGGGUGAGAAAGUGGGUGGACAAGAGGCUGAAAGACUCGUAUCCGUUGGAAGUGGCGGAGAAGAUGGUGGAGUUGGCAUUGGAGUGUCUGGAGGAGGACCCCGCGAAGAGGCCGGACAUGGGGCUGGUGGUCGGACGGAUCUCAAAGCUGUAUUUGGAGUCCAACAAUUGGGCGGAGAAGUUGGGAAUGCCGAUUGAUUUCUCAGUCUCUUUGGCCCCAAGAUAAACACAAAUACAUGAUUCUUUCAUUCUUUGAGGUUGAAGCUUGAAGGAAAGUUUGGAUCUUUGUACAGUUUUGGGAAGACUUUACUAAUUCAAGCAGCAAUCUUUCCCAUUUCAAGGAGAUUUUGUUGCGGAUUUUUCAUUUGUUUGGAGUUGAUUUUUUGGGAUGAGUUUAUUUUCCAACUUUUUUUUUUCUUUUUUUUUCGGUGUUUAUACAAAUUCGUUCAAAUAUUUUGGGAUUUUGUCAAUAAAUAUGCAAUUCUUUCUUUAUUUUCCAUGGCUGCUUCGUCCAGGAAAAGAUUUCUUUUAUUUUUCAAGUUUUGUAACAUUUU